UUGUAGACUUGCAGUGUAAUAUGGACUCACAGCACUCAAGUCUUUGGUGUCGCUCUCAUGCUACUACUUGUUCAUCUCCACCACACAGACCAUUGGUGCUCACCCUGACUUCUGAUUUCAUUCAGAACCAUAGAAUUGCUAUCACAUCCAAACAGAAGCAAGAGGAUUUUAUCAUGGCGGAGCUCAUCAUCUCGGCGGUUGUCGGGGACAUGGUCGGUAGGGUGAUAUCUCUUCUCGCUGGCCGGUUCAAAGGCCAAGGGUGCACCGACGCCAAGCUACGGAGGAUUUGCCAUAUGCUUGUCAAGGUUCACAGUGCGGUAGAGGAGGCCAAAGGGAGGCAGAUCACAAACUGCGGCACCCUCGAGUGGCUUUCGGAGCUCAACGACGGGGUGUACCAGGGCCGCUACUUGCUCGACACGGUCAGAUGCAGAGAACAGGAGCUUGAAGAUAAGCAUGAUGACAAGGUAGUUGGACAAACUUUCUCUUUCUCCUUGUAUAAUCCUGCAAAGCGUGUGCGCGUAGCGGCAUGUGCCGUGAAGAGCCUACUGUCUCGCCAUGAUGUCGUUGGUCCUGAGGAGAUUGACAGAGUGGUGGAGAUCUUGGAAACCAUAUCCGGUGAUCUCAAGGAGUUCAUGAUGCUCCUACAGAACUGCCAGCCAAUCCAUCGUCCUUUGGCUACUAAUAUCUUCAUUGAGGGGCAGAUGUUCGGCCGACAUGCCGAGAAACAGAGGAUCAUCAACUUCCUGCUGCAUGAUGGUGGUGUGUCUACUGGAAAACUAGGCAUGCUUCCAAUUGUUGGCAGCACGGGAGUCGGGAAGACCACCCUUGCGCAGCAUGUCUGCGAUGAUGAGAGGGUGCGCAACCACUUUCCAAUAAUCUUGUAUUCCAAUUUCUCAUACACCAGAGCAAUGGCUCGGGGUGAGGCGGUGUUUGUUCUAGGAUCCAAAAAUGCAGUUAGAGAUGCUAAAAAAUUCAUGGAAAUACUGCAUGUACUCAAGGAGAAAUACCUCAGCAAGAGGUUCUUGAUGGUAUUUGAAGAUGUUGACAUGGGAAAGAAACAGAUGCUACAAGAGUUACUGCCAAUCUUGAGACAUGGCAAAUUCGGGAGCAGGAUCAUAAUCACCACAAACAACAGGGAUGUCGCCAGCUUGGGAACGGUGCAGCCAAUCAAUCUGAAGGUUAUGCCUCAUCAGGAGUACUGGUUCUUCUUCAAGGCACACGCGUUUGCUGGCAGAGAUGUCGAGGAGGACCCAAGGAUGUUAGCAGCAGGUAACGCGAUUGCAAGGAAGCUAAAUGGGUCAUUCUUCGGAGCGAAAAUCGUCGGCGGGGUGCUGAAAGCUCAUCCGAAUCCCCGGUUCUGGUGCAAGGUGCUGGGAAGCAAUAUAGGGGGGUUGUCUCUGUUGGGUGAUGGAAUUGGGUACAUUGCAGAUUUGGCAGAGAAUUUGCUGCCAAACUACGCAAACAUAUGUGAGGUGACCAUUUCUAAGACUCCAUAUCCCUCUCAGACAGAACUGGCUGGUGUUGUUGCCCCGCGUGGUGAUAUCGGGUUUGCAAAAGUCUUGUUGUGCAGGUCAUUGCUAGAGGAAUUUAUCAUGGCGGAGGUCAUCUUCUCAGCGGUUGUCGGAGACAUGGUCGGCAGGAUGAUAUCUCUUCUUGCCGGCCAGUUCAAGGGCCAACAGUGCACUGAAGCCAAACUACGCAAGAUUUGCCAUAUGCUCGUCAAAGUUUAUAGUGCAGUAGAGGAGGGCAAAGGGAGGCAGAUCACAAACUACGGCACCCUCGAGUGGCUUUCAGAGCUCAACGACAGUGUGUACCAGGGCCGCUACUUGCUCGACACGGUCGGAUGCAGAGAGCAGGAGCUUGAAGAUGAGCAUGCUGACAAGGUAGUUGCACAACCUUUCUCUUUCUCCUUGUUUAAUCCUGCAAAGCGUGUGCGCGUAGCAGCCUGUGCCAUGAAGAGCCUAUUGUCUGGCCAUGAUGUUGGUGUUCCUGAGGAGAUAGAUCGAGUGGUAGAGAUCUUGGAAACCAUAUCCGGUGAUCUCAAGGAGUUCCUGAUGCUCCUACAUAACUGUCAACCGAUCCAUCGUCCUUUGGCUACUAAUAUCUUCGUCGAGGGGCAGAUGUUCGGCCGACAUGUCGAGAAAGAGAGGAUCAUCAACUUCCUGCUGCACGAUGGUGGUGUGUCAGCUCGAAAACUGGGAGUGCUCCCAAUUGUUGGCGGCAUGGGAGUCGGGAAGACCACCCUUGCGCAGCAUGUCUGCGAUGAUGAGAGGGUGCGCAACCACUUUCCAAUAAUUUUGUAUUCCAAUUUCUCAUACACCAGAGCAAUGGCUCGGGAUGAGGCGGUGUUUGUUCUAGGAUCCAAACACGCAGUUGGAGAUGCUAAAAAAUUCAUCGAGUCACUACAUGUACUUAAGGACAAAUGCCUCACCAAGAGGUUCUUGAUGGUAUUUGAAGAUGUUGACGCGGGCAAAAAGCAGAUACUAGAAGAGUUACUGCCGAUCUUAAGACAGGGCAAACAUGGAAGCAGGAUCAUAAUCACCACAAACAGCAGGGCCGUCGCGGCGAGCAUGGGAACGGUGCAGCCGGUCAGUCUGAAGGUUAUGCCGCACCAGGAGUACUGGUUCUUCUUCAAGGCGCACGCGUUUGCUGGCAGAGAUGUCGAGGAGGACCCAAGGAUGCUAGCAGCAGGCAAGGUGAUUGCGAGGAAGCUAAAUGGGUCCUUCUUCGGAGCAAAAAUCAUCGGCGGGGUGCUGAAAGCUCAUCCGAAUCCCCGGUUCUGGAGCAAGGUGCUGAGGAGCACUAUUGGGGGAUUAUUUCUGCUGGGUGAUGGAAUUGGGUACAUUAUGGAUUUGGCAGAGAAUUUGCUACCAAUCUACGCAGACGUGUGUAAGGUGACCAUUUGUAAGAAUCCAUUUAUCUUUCAGACAGAACUGGCUAGGUUGGAGGAUCUGUAUCAGGCAAGUCCACUUGGUGAUAACCGGUUUGCAAAAGCUCUGUUGUGCAGGUCAAUGUUGCCAUUCGAACUCUUGAACUACGCUGCUGAUUGCAAUGUGCGUGGGCCGGACUAUUCAGCAGAGUUAUAAAAUUUGAGGAAGUAGACUUUGCCCAUAUACUCCCACCAAGAAAAGGUUUGCCGAUAUAGGAAUGUGAAGAUUAGACAGGAACUACACCUGUUUACAUGGAAUCUGAUGCACCCGUCCCCAUGGAAUUGACUGCUCCGUGUAGAGCUGAAUGCUCUGUUUUGAGUUGUAUUAUUGUUGUAUUUCUUGUCUUGCUUCACUGCUAUAUACAUGAAACUAGCUCUAAUAACUGUAACGUGGCCCUUGAUAUGUAGAAUGACAGUACUGAGUCAUGUUAGUGUUCUACUGUGCAUGUCAGUGUUGCCAUUCCAACUCUUGUGCUGCACUGCUGAUUGUAAUGUGCGCGGGCCGGACUAUCCACCAGAGUUCAUAAAAAAUGAAGGAAGUAGAUUUGCCCAUAUUAGCUGUAAUGACCCAACUU